GACCGAAUUCACGAUAAAGUUAUUCCCAGACUUCUACUCAAUUCAUUUAACUGGGGAGUUUCCGGCUGCUUUGUAUCAGGAAGAACGGACUCCGCAUACACGUGCUGGGUCAGGCUUGCAUAUCCAGUUUUAGAUAUGAAAACACCUUUUACCUGAAUGACUGCAUUUCACUCACCUGAGGACUGAGCAGCAGUACCUAUAGUGAAAGAAACUGGUUUCGGGAGCCUCCUGUAAGGAAUAACUUGUUUAAACAUAUGUAGUCCUUGUAUAAGUAGUUUAAAAAGAUCAAAAAGGGUCACAGCAGUACUUGGAACAAUGGCUGAAUGCUGCCUGUCAGCGGAAGACAGGGAAUGUGAACGCAUUAGUAGAGAGAUUGAGAGACAGCUCCGGCGUGACAAGCAAAACUCCAGACGAGAAAUUAAACUACUGUUAUUGGGGACUGGAGAGAGUGGAAAGAGCACAUUUAUUAAGCAGAUGAGGAUCAUUCAUGGUGCGGGAUAUUCAGAGGAUGACCGGAGAGACUUCACCAAGCUCGUCUAUCAGAACAUCUUCACGGCUAUACAGGCCAUGAUCCAGGCCAUGAAGACACUGGGCAUCUCCUUCGUGGACCAUCAGAACAUUAAAAAUGCAGACAUCGUGGAGCAGGUGGACGUGGACCUGGUGACCACCUUAGUCCAGAGACACGCCAAAGCCAUCAGCCAACUGUGGAGUGACAAAGGCAUUCAGGAAUGUUAUAAGCGCAGACGUGAAUACCAGCUGUCUGAUUCUGCAAAAUACUACCUGGACUCCAUGGGUCGGAUCUCCGCACCUGCAUAUGUGCCAACUGAACAAGAUGUCUUACGAGUUAGGGCACCCACGACAGGAAUUAUAGAGUACCCCUUCCUCCUAGAAAAUAUGAUCUUCAGGAUGGUCGAUGUAGGAGGUCAGAGAUCGGAAAGGAGGAAAUGGAUUCACUGCUUUGAGAAGGUCACAUCCAUCAUCUUUCUUGCCGCACUUAAUGAAUAUGACCAAGUCUUAUAUGAAUCUCGCAAUGAGAACCGCAUGGAGGAAAGCAAGGCUUUGUUCAAGACCAUCAUUAGCAAUGCCUGGUUUGAGGAGUCCUCUGUUAUUCUCUUCCUUAAUAAAAAAGACAUUUUAGAGGAGAAGAUUGCAUAUUCCCACUUAGGUGACUAUUUCCCUGACUUCAAGGGCCCAAAUGAUGCAGAAUCAGCCAAACAAUUCAUUCUGAAAAUGUUUGUGGAGCAAAAUCCAGACAAGAAGAAAACCAUCUACGCCCACUUCACUUGUGCCACAGACACACAGAACAUCCGCUUUGUUUUUGAUGCUGUCAAGGACACUGUCCUCAAACAUAACCUUACGAUAUUCAACAUAGUGUAAGCCUCCAUUGUGCUGGACAGACACCAGCCGUGAUAAAUGAAGGUAACGUGAAUGACAAACAUUAACACCUAAUGAUCCUGUUUUCCUGUUUGUUGAUGAAAUGUGAUGUUUUAACAAUUAUUUUAAAUGAUCCAUGUUUUAUACUGUAUAUGUUUUAUUUUAGAAACAAAUCUGAGGACUUGUUUUUAACAUGAAGUGAAUGAUUAUGAAAAUCAGAUGCCAUAUAACUCACUCUUACUUUUUUAUAUUAAUGUUAAUUUAAACAUGUUUAAGGUUCUUUGCAGAUCUAUUGAAACAUUAAGUUGAAAGGUGUUUAAAUGGAUGUAACAUAUAUACAGUGGCAGAUUAACAAGUUCACGGGCCCUAGGCUGCACUUAUCGUAGGCCCCUCUUCUGCCCCCACGCUCCAAAACGAUACAACAAUUAACUAUAAAACAAUUAAAUAUUAGUAACUAUAAAAUAAUCUCUACAAUCAAAGAGAAUGUGAAAGAGCGCAGCAGAGACCCCAUUGAAUAGACCCAUAUCAACAGUGAAACCAUAAAACAUUAAUUACACUCUGAUCUAGUGCGUGUCAACUGCAUCCACCAGGCGCUCUCAAGACACAUUUACCAUAGAUAGCAUAGACCACAGAUAACUUUACAAAGAGGGAUGUGUAGCUCAGUGGGUCUGGCUUCUGCGGCCAUGAUUGAAAGGUUGCCAAUUUGAUUCCUGCCCUUGGCAGAAUAGUCAUAUAUGUCAUCUUCUAUGUGUGUGUCUUAAAGGAGAGCAAGAUGGAAUAUGCUUAAAAUAAAACAUUCAAGUGUAUCUGUAUAAAUGGUCCAUAAACCUGUGUUAUUCAAAUGCAUGCUGGAAAAAAAUAUCACCACUCACUUAUUAGAAAAGGCCCAGACCUCCCCAUCACUUAAAGCAGUUUCCCAGUCCGGUCUUUGGGGUCCCUACAGUCUGCCCAUGUUUUUGCUCCCUUUGUGUUCCCUACAGUCUGCCCAUGUUUUUGCUCCCUCUGUGUUCCCUAUCAGACAGUCCAUGUUUUUGCUCCCUCUGUGUUCCCUAUCAGACAGUCCAUGUUUUUGCUCCCUCUGUGUUCCCUAUCAGACAGUCCAUGUUUUUGCUAGGGGCUUGGAGGGAGCAAAAACAUGGACUCUCUAUGGAUCCCUGAGAACCGGACUGGGAAACAUUGACUUAAACACUGUUAUUGUUGAACUGGAGUAGAUUUUAGUUACAUGUUAUGUGUCCAAUAGCAAAUGGAUUAAGAACUGGACUGCCUGUUCAGAUUAUGUAGUUACUGACUGAGCUAUAAUCCCUUAAAUUUGAUUGUCUGUAUGUUUGGUUCACAUAGAUUGUAUCCUGCUGUUUAUUAAAAUGUUUUUCAUAACUUC